CUUAAUUUGUAGUGUUCAAAUAAAUAAAAUAUGGAGGACAGGGCUUCUUCGAUUGACGAGUCGAUCGGGCAUAGCAAGCCGGCCAUUUGUCCGUUAGCCGAUUGUCAGGCUGUGGUGGAGCAUACCCACUUGCUGCGCCACAUGAUAACCAAACAUUUGGAUCCGCGGGCGCGAACUUUGCCCUUUCAACUGCGCCUGCGCGAAGUGUCGACAGGUCAGCGCACUCUGCUGAUGCUCCCCUAUCGCCAGCUGAUCAUUGACAACGAUCAAUGCUUGGCCGUGCUGAAUUGGAGCUCCGUGUCCCAAGGUGACCUUACGGCACCGCAGUUGGACCUGCCGCCAUGCCACCAAAUGUUAACCUAUCACCUGCCCAUUUUGGUGAUGGUCUGCAGGACCACGUGGAAAUCCCUCUUAAAGCAGAUCGAUGAAAAGGACAUGCAAGAAACCAGGGACGUAACGGCAGAAUGGGGCGGUGUCUAUCUGUUUUGGCUCCUUUCACCCUUAACGCGGCGUCCCAUUUAUGCAAAUUUAGCCCUACUGAAUAGCCAAAUUCAGAGCGUCUAUAGGCGGAAUCGUCGGCGGAUACGCAACUUUGCCAGUCGGAUGCCCAUUAGACAGUUCAUAAACGGGCUAGAUCCAUACUUUGUCAGCAUCAACGAGGAUCAGCUCGACGAGCUGUGCAAUGGCGGUGGCAACCGGUUCUCCAUCUACUUCGAGGUUAUAAUCGAGGGCGUAAUGUCAUAGACUUAACUUCUUAACCCCAUCAAUAUCAUUCUCAUAAAGGAUUGUUUUAUCAUUAUCUACAUAAUUGGGCAUGCGAACAUUAUAGAAAUAAAAUAAAAUCUCAAGUGAACACAAUG